UCUUAGUUCAUCCAUCUGAAGCAACAGCGAUUGGAGAGGUAAAAUGUCUCCUCCACUCCUAAUCAUAGCCACGCUCCUAAACCUACUCUCCUUCAUCCACUCCCGUCCUGCCACGUCACUCCAACUCCCCCUCUCCGUUACAGUCACAGACUUCGGCGCGCUCGCCGACGGCAUCCACUACGACACAGCCGCCAUCCAAUCCGCCAUCGAUGCCUGUCAUUGCUCCUCUACUACCAAACCAUGCUACGUCACUUUCCCUCCCGGCAAAUACCUCACCGCUACCGUCUUCCUCAAAUCAGGUGUCGUUUUGAACGUCGAGGAAGGGGCGACCAUCUUAGGUGGAACGAGGCUGGAGGAUUACCCGAGGGAGUCGUUCAGGUGGUAUGUGAUUCUGGCGGAGGGAGCCAGUAACGUGGGGAUUACGGGAGGGGGAGUGGUGGAUGGGCAGGGGUUGAAAUUCGUAGUGAGAUUUGUGGAGAGUAAAAAUGUGAUGGUGAGCUGGAAUCAGACCGGGGCUUGCGCCGGCGACGAGUGUCGGCCGAGGCUGAUCGGAUUUCUUGGCUGCAACAACGUGACGGUUUGGAAUGUUAGGUUGAACCAACCGGCUUACUGGUGCUUGCACAUAGUACAGUGUGAAAACACUUUGAUUCAAGAUGUUUCUAUAUAUGGAGAUUUUAAUACACCUAACAAUGAUGGGAUUGACAUAGAGGAUUCGAAUAAUACAGUCAUUACAAGAUGCCACAUUGAUACAGGAGAUGAUGCCAUAUGUCCAAAAACAUACAAUCGUCCAAUGUAUAAUUUAACAGCAACAGACUGCUGGAUUAAAACAAAAUCUUCAGCAAUUAAACUUGGAAGUGCUAGUUCAUUCGAAUUCAAAGGUUUUGUUUUUGACAAUAUCACUAUAGUAGACUCUCACAGAGGGCUGGCCCUGCAGAUACGUGAUGGAGGAAAUGCAAGUGACAUUACUUUCUCAAACAUAAACAUCAGCACAAGGUACUAUGACAUUUCAUGGUGGGGGAGGGCUGAACCUAUUUAUGUAACUACCUGCUCGCGACACUUCAAUUCAAGACCUGGCACCAUCUCAAAUCUACUCUUCACAAACAUCACUAUAAACUCUGAAAACGGCAUGUUCUUAUCAGGUUCAAAAGGUGGACUACUCAGAAAUUUGAGAUUCAUUAACAUGAAUGUGACUUACGAAAGAUAUACAAACUAUGUUGGAGGAUUGGUGGACUACAGACCAGGAUGCUGGGGGCUUGUGAAGCACAGGUCUGCUGGAAUCAUCAUGGAACAUAUUAAAGGUCUGGAGGUUGAAAAUGUAAAUAUGAGAUGGUCUGGUGAGAAAGCAGCGCAGUGGGAUACUCCUUUUGACUUCAGGCCUUCAACUGUGAAUGACAUUUCCUUGCUCAAUUUUCAUUCGGGUCUAUACAGACAGCAAUGGCAAGAUUCUGAGAAAUCCUCUGGUUAACAAUGCUGCUUCUUUACUCUAGUUGUAUUCUUGAUUUUUGCACGAAAAGUAUGUCACCACAUCAGGUUUGGCUUUUGCUUUGUAAAUAUAAUAACAUAAAGGAUUCAUAAUUAAAGAAGGUGCGCCUUUGGCUGUGGAAAGC